AUGGCGGACACUGCGGCUCAGCCCACCAAGAGGAAGCGCGAAAGGGAUGCCGAGGAGGAGACAGGCCCCGGCUCAGAGGAAAAGGAAGCAGGCGUUGGAAAUGGUACCGCAACUCUUGACCGCUUACCCUUCUCCGGCUUUAGAGUGCACAAAGUGCUGAGAGAGUCUGCGCGGGACAAAAUCAUCUUCCUGCAUGGGAAGGUGAAUGAGGCCUCCGGGGACGGGGACGGAGAGGAUGCCGUUGUGAUCUUAGAGAAGACGCCGUUUCAAGUGGAGCAAGUGUCCCAGCUCCUGCGGGGCAGCCCUGACCUCCAGUUGCAGUUCUGCAACGACAUCUACAGCACCUAUCACCUGUUCCCGCCAAGGCAACUGAGUGAUGUGAAGACCACCGUGGUUUACCCUGCCACAGAGAAACACCUGCAGAAGUACCUGCGCCAGGACCUCCGGCUGAUCCGAGAGACCGGAGACAAUUACAGAAAUGUCACACUGCCCCACCUGGAGUCCCAGAGCCUCAGUAUUCAGUGGGUAUACAACAUUCUUGAGAAGAAGGCUGAAGCCAACCGGAUUGUUUUCGAGAACCCAGAUUCCUUGAACGGUUUUGUCCUCAUUCCUGACCUCAAAUGGAACCAGCAGCAGCUCGAUGACCUGUACCUGAUUGCCAUCUGCCACCGCCGAGGCAUCAAGUCACUGCGGGACCUCACUCCAGAGCACCUGCCUCUGCUUAGGAACAUCCUCCGGGAGGGUCAGGAAGCCAUCCUACAGCGCUACCAGGUGGCCGGGGACCGCCUCCGGGUGUACUUGCACUACCUGCCCUCCUACUACCACCUGCACGUGCAUUUCACCGCGCUGGGCUUUGAGGCCCCCGGCUCAGGGGUGGAGAGGGCGCAUCUGCUGGCAGAAGUGAUUGAAAACCUGGAAUGUGACCCAAAGCACUAUCAGGAACGCACCCUCACCUUUGCCCUCAGGACCGAGGACCCCCUGCUCCAGCUGUUGCAGGCGGCCCAGGGGCGCUGAGUGGACUUAGGAGUUGUCCGGGGAGCAUAGAGGAGGGGGCUGGGGUGGGGGCAGGGAAGCAGCCUUUGUUUCACUUUGUGAAAAUUUUUUAAAAUGUGUUUCGUACUAGCUUAUUCCUACGAUUCGAAUAAAGCAUUGGGGCCGCUA